AUGAGUUCGUAUUCAUGUGGAUCAAGUUAAUACUCUCUAUUUCAAGGCACAUCUACACUAGGUUGUAGAAGCUAGACAAAUUUUUGUGGAACAUUUUCAUAAUGUCUUAAAGUAACUGAUAAGCCUGAUCCAUAUGAUUAUGGAUGCUGUAGGGAAGAUUAUCUUUAUCCCAGCGCAUCCAAUAUCAUAGUUUAUAUUCUAAUUAUUCCAAUAAUUGGGAUUGGAAGUUUAGGAGCUUUAGGAGGUUAGAUUAUAAAAUUUGUACAUUAGGUGGUGUGGUUAAAAGACCAUUUUUAGAGGCUGUUCUAAAUUUCAAUUCAGGUCCUUCAGGAAAUAUAACAGCAUGUCUUAUGUUUGGAGCUUAAUUAGUUAAUUAGAUAAUUAUCACAUUCUAGAAGUAAUAAAAUUAUAGAAUGAAAGACAUCCAUACCAUCCUUAACGUCCAGUUGUAAAUUAUGAGGUUGGAAUGAUUUAUGCCUUGGCUAUUCCACUUUCAAUGUAAUUUGGAGAAGAAUUAGCAAGUUACAUGCCAUUAUUACCAGUUUUAACUCUAUAGAUGAUGUUUUUUAUUGUCAUUCUUCCAAUUUGCUUAUUAUAUGCAAAAAGACAAGAAGUAGUUGAAUAAGAGUUAGAUGAAGAUUUUACUGAUUCUCAUAUUUCUAUGACAACAGCUUUUAAAGGUUCAAUUUAAGAUGAAGCAUAGGCUGCUUUAAUUUAUAAAUAAUUUUUAAACGAAUCUCAUUAAAUGUUACCUCUAAUACCUAUACUUAUUACUUUUGGAAGUUUUGCAGUUAACGAAGCAGUCAUACUUUCAAGAACAACACUUUAUUAAAUCUCACCUUACUAUUAACAAAAUGUUAAUAAUCCAAAUCCUAAAUUAAAUCCAUGUAAUUCUUGGAAUUUCUAUAUGAUGAUUUUAUUAUUUGCAGUCAACAUUCUUAUUACAGGAUUAACUUUAUUAUAUUAUAGAAGCAAAGAAUAAUUAAAGGAUAGUGUAAGGUAUAAAUUGAAGGAAAGAUAUUUUACUCCAACAAGAAGAUUCUUUAAAAUAUAUGGAGCUGGAUGUGCAACUGGUUUUAUAGCAGGAUUUUUAGGUAUGGCAGCUGGUUUAACAAUGUUUGUAACAAUGGUAUAAUUUGGUUUAGUUGCUGCAUCUGCAGGAGCAACAGCAAAUUAUGGUUAUUUUAUUGUAUGUUUAUAAGUAUUUGUAUCAUUCAUGGUCAGCGAUUCUGGAAUGCCAAUUGGUGAUUAGUUUUUCUUUUAUGGAAUAGGAGUAAGUGUAAUUUUUAAUUCCUUAGAUUUUAGGUGUUUUGGUUUUCACAAACUUAGGAUAUUACUAUAUUAGUAAAUAUAAAAUUGGUCAUAUAUUAUUUUAUAUUGAUUUUGCCAUUGUUGUCUUAAAUAUCGCAGGUAACAUUGCAUGGGGAAUAGAGUAAGAAGACAGAUAAGGUUUUUCUUCUAUUGUAAAUAUAUAUAAUUCCUGUGGUGGAUGAUUUUAUUUAUUUAUUAAAAUAUUUAUUAUUAAUAAUAUUUGCUAUAAUUUAUAAAACUUCAAUGAACAAAUGUUUAAUAUGUUACGAAGAUACAGAUUUUAGUUUGAAUUGUUAACAUUUUUAUUGUUUGAAAUGUUUAGUUAAGAUGAUUUAAGAUAAACUAAAAACAUUAUAAUUAAAAAUUGAUGAUUACAAAUGUCCAUAAUGUCAAUAAAAAUUUUCUGUUGAAGUUUUCAAAAAUACAGAGAUCUAUAAUGAUUUAAUAGAAUAUUCUUUAUAACAUAAUUGUAUUGAAAAUUUAAAUGAAGAUGAAAUGAUUGUUGAUUGUGGUCAUGAAGAUUGUAAUAAUAAGUUUAUUGUUAGUAAAAAUGCAAGUAAUCAAUAUAUUCAAUUAGAAUAUUCCAGAUGUCCUGUAUGUAAAUAAAUUUAUUGUUUAAAUUGUCGAAAACCUUAUGAAUCAAAGUGUUGUCAAUAAGCAAUUAAUGGCAAAUGUCCUAGAUGCAAGAUAUAGGUAUUUAAAGAGGAAGGUUGCAAUUUCUUAAAAUGUCAAUCUUAAUAUUGUAAAGGUUAAAUCUAUUUCUGUGGAAUCUGCUUUCUUAUUUUGAAAAAGGAAGAUCAUUACUCACACUUCAUUGAUAAUAAUCCAUACAAUGCUUGUAGAAUAGGCAAAAUAAAACCGAAUAAAUAGAAAUGUCCAGGAUGCUUAACUUUAAAUCCAUUGCAAUGCUAAAUUAUUGAAACUUUAAAGUAUUCAAAACUUUCAUAUAUUUAAGUUAAUGUUAUUGCAAAAGUAAUAUUUGUAAGGAGAGUUUGUAUUGUUUAAGUUGUUCAAAGAAGAUUUAGAAGAAUGAAAAUCAUGAAUGCAAAUAAUGUUCAAUUAUGUGA